AUGGAGGAAGCAGAAGGGAGGCGACAGCCGGGGAAGCCGAGGGGGGGGCCCGUCUGCUGCAGCCGCCCUCAGGGGAGACACCCUGCCGCUGGGACCCCGGCCUCCACGGCGGAUGUGAGUGCCCAGCCCUGCAGGAGGCUCCCUGCCACGGGAGUGGGGAGACCAGGGCUCUCCCCGCAAGGAGGACAGCGGGGCCGCCCACACUCCCGGCGCCGCCACCGCACCACCUUCAGCCCAGCCCAGCUGGAGCAGCUGGAGUCCACCUUCGGGAAGAAUCAGUACCCUGACAUCUGGGCCCGAGAGGGUCUCGCCCGAGACACGGGCCUCAGUGAGGCCAGAAUCCAGGUCUGGUUCCAGAACCGUCGAGCAAAGCAGCGGAAGCAAGAGCGGUCACUGCUGCAGCCUCUGGUGCACCUGUCUCCUGCCGCCUUCCCUGGGUUCUUGCCCGAGUCCCCUGCCUGUCCUUACUCCUACACAACGCCUCCUCCGCCGGCGACCUGCUUCUCUCUCCCCUACGGCCAUGCCCUUCCCUCCCAGGCCCCGGCAGGCAGCUCCUUUGCCCUGCCACACCAGGCUGAGGACUGGUACCCUGCCCUGCACCCACCCCCCUCUGGCCAUCUUCCCAUGCUUCCCCUCAGCCUCGAGCCGCCAAAGUCCUGGAACUAA